AUGCUCGUAUGCGGCGCAGCGGAUGCCCUUAACACUCGUCCCCCCGUGGUGCCAACGUCCCCAUUGGCUCUGGACUUCAGGGGCUGCAGCCGCUGCCCCCUCACUCGCACCUGCCUUCCUCAGAACGCCUCCCGGUGCUGCGAUGGUGGCGAUAGUGCUGGCAGUGAUGGUGCUGCCGGCGGCGCCAGUGACUGGGCGGGCGUGUUGACUGCCCGGAAGCUCUUGAAUCCAACCCAAGUCAUCACCCGCAUUGCCCCUCUGCUCUCUCGCUCCUCCUUUCCACUCCCACCCACCGCAGAAGCAGCAGCAGCAGCAGCAGUCACAGUCACAACCACAGCAGGCACAGUCACAGCCAUGCCAAGUGACUCCCCUUCGCCCCCAUCGUCACAUGCUGCUGCCGCUCUUGACUCGGUUGACCCCUUUGAAGCCCGCUGUCUCGCGCUGCGCCUCAUUGGCUGCCUGGCUCCGCUGGCUGCUGACGUGGCACACGUGCAGGAGCUGGUGGGGCGGGCAGCAAUGGAGGCAGAGGGACAGCAGGAGUGCUCUGUGCUGUCAGUGCUCUGCAUGCCUUGCAUGCGUCUCACGAUUCCCUCUCCCUCACUCGCUGUACCUCGCCCAUCUCACACCUCCCUCCCUUGUUCUGCAGUUUCCUCCUUCCCAUCCCUCCCUCAACCCGCUCCACGCACCUUUCUUUGCUGUCACCUUGCUCCAUGUUGUCCUGCCCCCUUCAUCCCCAUCGCCCUUCUUCCCCUCUGUUCCACGCACCUUUCCUUACCCUCCCUCUCUCCCUCAUUCCCCUCCUUCCCUCCACUGUUCCUCUCCCCUCCCCACGCACCACCCCAGCAGCGCCAUGCAGCUCUCUUCGCUUCUCACCUUCCUCUCCUCCUUCGCUCUAAUCGCCAUGCAGCUCUCUUCGCGCUCACCUUCCUCUGCGACGUCUCUCCACCCUUCGCCCUCCACACUCUCCCCCGCCUCCUCUCCCUCGCUCUCCCCGCCUCUCCACCGCCACCCCUGCCCCUCUGCCUCAAACGCCAUCUGCACCGCUCCUCACAACUGCCUCUCCCACAGCAAGCCAAGCAGCCUGGAGUGAGAGGAAACGCACACAUGAGUCAAGCAAAGGCAGAUGAGCAUGUGGGGCAGAAGCGGCAGCAGCAACAGUCUGAUGACUCCCCAGCUGCCCAUGCACCACUGCACCUACACUCGCUCACCCACUCCCUGCCUCCACCACACACACUGCCACCACUGGCCCUACACACGCCUCUUCUCUCAUCCUCCUCCCACAUGCCACGUGUCUGCAGUCCAUUGGACUGGUGGAGAGGGGGAGAGGAGGAGGAGGAGGGGGUGCGGAUGCGAAUGGCAGCAGUGGUGGUGAAGUGCCUGGCGGGGCAUGAGGAGAAGGCUGUCAGGCGCAUGGCGUGGCAGGUGGCAAUCCACCUGCUCUCUGCCUUCCCCUGUGCUCCGUGGUCCCCACUACUGCGAUCGUGGGUGUGCGCGCUGCAAGCACAGCUUGGCUGA